CCUGUAAUCGACCUCCGUGGCUUCUCGCGGUUUUACCGGAUCCUGGCGGCUCUGGUUCGCCAAACUCCCCUCUCUCCAUCUCCGCGAAAGGCGGGGCUACAAAGGAGAUGCUGUGUGUUGAUUGGUUGCGGUGCAUAAGAUGCGUAGUUACGGAGUUGGCCGCGCAAGCCGGGAUUGGUUGCUGGAGGCGGGGCGACUAGACCGCCGGAGAGGUAGCCGCCGCGGUGAGGAGAGACAUGAGUCAGGCAGCCAAGCAGCCAGAAGAAAGAUAAAUGAAGAAUUCAAAAAUAAUAAAAGUGAAACUUCUCCUAAGAAAAUAGAAGAGCUAAUAAAAAUAGGUUCCGAUGUGGAAUUGGUACUCAGAACAUGUGUUAUACAAGGCAUUCACACAGAUCACGAUACACUGAAACUGGUCCCCAGGAAAGACCUUCUUCUAGAUAAUGUGCCAUUUUGUGAUGCACCAACGCAGAAGCCAUGAAUUUUCUAGGAUAAAAUCAAGUCUUUAAUCUUUAAUUUUAAAAUAUAUAACUGCAACAAAAGUCCUGGAAAUGCAGAUAUUCUGAACUGGCAUACUGAAAAUAAGUGAAUUAAAGUACAGUUUUAUAAUUGAAUUUCACUUUAAAAGGACAUUGCUAAAAACUGCAUUCCAUAGCUAAGUAUUUCUAAAGAACAUUAGAUAACACAUUUCAUUUUCAUUGAAAAUCAAACUUUAUGAAGUGAAAUAAAUGUUUGGGGAGGUUA